AUGACUGUUCUUCUAGAAGUCUUCGCCUCCGCCCAGAGGCCCGGGCCCGCAACUGCCGUCCUCGAUGAAGCGGCAAGGGGAUGUACGUCUUCGCAGGGGCGAAGAGGAAGCAUACGGACUCCACUCAAACACCGUCUUCAGCGACUUGUUUCGCUUGAUCUUGCUGCAGACUCCUGGACGGAGCUGACUGGCCACAACAGCCACACGCACACUCCACGCGGCGUUUGGGACAGUACCUCGAGCCGCAUGCGUGUGUAUGGCGGACAAGCAGAGGACUCGACUUGUACAGCGAUGUGUUGGAGUAUGAUGCUUUGUCCGACACAGGACCUCCCCCACGGAAGUGGCAACAUUCCAAGAGCACGUACGACACCCCUGGCAGCUUCGACUCACUUCCGGGCUCAUGUUGGAUGUGUUGCGGGCGUGGAACGGAGUCAGUGUAUAUACCUUUCACGGACAUGUCUGAAUACCAGAUACAACGGCGGUAUGGAGCUAUGCGACGGGUCCAUGGACUGA